AUGGCGUCGUCCUGGAUCCCAGAACACGACCCUAAAAAGCCCAUCCACGAAAAAGCCGACGAUGUCGUCCGUCGGUACUACAACAUCCCUCGGCCGAGUCCCGUGCUUCAGGAGAUUCUCAACGACUUCGACAAGGCGUCUCUCCUCCUUGACGCCCUCCGACGCCAUAUUGCGCUGGUAAAGUGUCGCUCACAGACCUUGGAAGACGCCCAAGUUACUAUCUACGACAAGGCCUUGCUCGCCCUCACGAAGAAUGGAGAGGAUCCGAGUGACAUUGGGGCGCUUGAGCUCUAUCUGACUGAGUUUCUCGGUAUUGUUCCCAUUCUGCCUGUCGCCCAAAGUCACGAGGUGGUGUCAAAGCAUCUGGAACUACAGAGCGCCCUGGACAAAGUCUUGGCCUUGGACCCCAUUCCAUAUGAAGGAGAGGAUGUUCCCGGAAAAGCGAACAACCCUAUCGAUAUGCAUCAAUCUGCAACCAAUACCCACGGAACCAAGGACCAUCACUAUCGCUCUCAUCGGCACCACGAUAGAGAGGACAGACACAAGGGCGAGGAUAGCCAUGACGGCAAGCUCCAGACCCGCGUCGAGAGACUGCUGAGCGUCUACCACCAGGCCAAGAGCGAGUUCUACGGUGCGAUGCAGCGUGAUGGAAUGGUGAACAUUGGGAUGGCUCGAUUCCUACGGGACAGCGCCGAAAACGCCCUGCGAUACAUGCUCGACAACGGACUGAACGACCACGCCUAUAUUACCGAACUGGAGAUGGUCUUUAAACAGGCCCGUGACAAGGCUGCGGAGCUUCUGGGAGGCCGCAAGCGCCAUUUUGACGAAGGGCGCGGACGUCGCCGUCAUCGGAAGAAGGGGCGCCGCGUGAUUGACUCGUACCGACCUCAUGAAAAGCGUGUGCCUGAAACGUCCACGGUGGUUAGUUCAGCUUUUCUUGCUCUGGUAGAGGUGACGGUUUCAUCCAUAAUGGCCUCCCCGCGGCCCCAGCCCACCGAGGCUGCUUUGUCUUCAAGCACAGCCUCGUCCUCGACAACACGGUAUACUCCUGUCUCAGAAAGCUCAAAUGGAGACAAUGAUCUGUCCAGCUCCAGGCGCCCACCCACCGGUGCUCUGAGACUUCAAACAGAUUUCAGUGCACCAGACGAUCGGCUGUCCUAUGAGGACAGUCAAGAUAGCCAUGGCUAUCAUGAUAGAGAUUCCGGGAGCCGCAACAGAGCUGCUAGUAACUUUCCCAAGUAUACUCCAACAGAGGAAAAGGAGAUUGUGAAGAAGCUCGAUCGAAAGCUUGUUCCUUUUUUGGCUCUUCUAUACAUGCUCUCGUUUUUGGAUAGAUCAAAUAUCGGAAACGCCAAGAUUGCAGGUCUCAUGAGCGAUCUACAUCUAUCAUCUCAGCAAUAUGAAUGGUUACUUACCGCGUUCUAUAUAACUUAUAUCCUCUUUGAGUGGAUGACCUUGAUGUACCGCCUGGUCCUUCCGCACAUUUACAUCGCGAUAUGUGUCUGCGGAUGGGGCCUGGUAGCAUCCUUCCAAUCUUUGGUCACCUCGUUCGAAGGGCUGGUCGCGCUCAGGGCCCUCCUCGGAAUUACAGAAGCAGCGUUCGGUCCUGGCGUACCAUUCUACUUAUCACUUUUCUACAAGCGUGAAGAACUCGCUUUGCGAAACGGCCUCUUCAUCUCAGCCGCCCCGCUGGCCUCGUCCUUCGCAAGUAGCCUUGCGUGGGUCAUUGUCAAGCUCAGCAAAGAGGGCCCCAUAGCUCCAUGGCGCACCUUGUUCCUAGUCGAAGGGUUCCCGAGUGUCAUUGUUGCGGUCUUUGCAUGGAUGUUGAUCCCAGAUGCCCCAGGGAAUGCAUGGUUCCUAGCCCCUCGCCAAAGAGUUGUGGCGCAAUUGAGAAUGGAAGAGCCCAAGGCUGAGUACCAUGACGAAAAGCCUCGAGGGAAGCUGGACUGGCGAGAGGUUGGAAGGACACUGGCUGACCCCAAAUCGUACAUUACUGCAUUCAUGUUCUUUAGCUGCAACGUGGCGUUCAGUUCAAUGCCUGUCUUCCUACCCACUAUCAUCGAAGAGUGUGUCAUUCCCAUCCCACUACAGCAGAUGAAGAAACUAAUACAAUAUAGUAUGGGGUACUCCUCUCUCUCCGCACAAGCACUCUCUGCACCUCCCUAUCUCGUAGCUUUCAUCGUCGUUCUGGUGACCGCAUACGCCUCCGAUCGCAAUAGAUCGCGGAGCCCAUAUCUCAUCGCUCACGCUCUUAUCUCCUCUCUCGCUUACCUGACGAUCGCCCUGACAGGGAGGUAUCACACGCAUCUCCCCGAGUCCGUGCAUAGGCUCAUCCGCUACCUUUCCGUCUAUCCCGCUACGUUUGGUUUCUUCUCCGCCAUCACUCUAAUCAUGACGUGGUCUAUGGACAACCGCGUCGCAAAGGAAGGAAAAGGAACCAGCAUCGCGAUCCUCAACAUCAUUGGCCAGUGCGGGCCACUCCUCGGAACGAAGCUAUAUCCGCAUAGUGAUGGACCAUACUACGUACGGGGCAUGGGGACGUGCGCCUUUUUUAUGGUGCUGGUCGCCGUCCUCGCCGUUGUGCUGAGACUUCUUUUUCAGCGCGCAAAUCGCAUCUCUCAGCAAAUGGGAGACGAGAUCGAGAUGGUCUUCCGGGGUGCUGCAGGCGGAGAGGAGCGUGAAGAGCUCAUGGGUCGUGAUGCUGGCCAGGAGCCCGAUGCGGAAAAGUUCAUGUACAUUGUAUAG